GGAUCACUUCCUCCUUCCUUUCGCUCACGGGUUUGUCGAAUCUCCUCAAUCGAUACAUCUGUGAAGUUACAUCUGAGUUAAUCUCCUGGAUGAUGAUGAUGGAUUUGCGGAUUUCGCUGCCUGCUCUCCUGCUCGUCCUCGGUUUGGCGACGGUCUUCGCUGAGACUGCCGCACCUGGCACAGCGUGCGAGAAACAGAAUGCAACCAACUGUGAGGAAUGUCUGAGAAAUGUGUCGUGCUUGUGGUGCAUCACCUCCAAAUCGUGUGUCACGUAUCCAGUGAAGACCAUCCUGCCCCCCCACGCACUCUGUCCACUGAAUGAUGCACGCUGGGGGCUCUGCUGGAUGAACUUCCAGACCCUGAUAAUCACCCUGGCGGUGUUCGGUGGAAUCAUCAUCAUCGCCUUCUUCGUCUGCUUGUUCUGCUGCUGCAAGUGCGAGAACUUUGGAUCAAGUUCUGAAUCCAAGAUACAGCAACAAACCGAUAAGACGAAAACAAAGCAGGAAGAAAGGAGGUCAGAGAUGAAAGAGAGACACGACGAAAUCAGGAAGAAAUAUGGUCUAGCUGGACAAAACCCGUACUCCAAAUUCGCAUGAGAGCAUCAGACGGACCUCCCUGACCUCUGAGGACUAGCAUCACCGACAGCAGCAGACUCCCUUGCUUUUGUGAGUGAAGACGUGAGCUGAGGAUGAACGUAAACUAUAAUAAUGUAAUGUGAUAGAAGUGACUAUAGUGUCAUUCAGCCAAUGAUCAGGAGUGUAAUGUUCACUGUAAUGAACCGAGAGGCUGGAAGUGACGGAGAGAAUAGGUCUGUCAUGUGGCUGCUGUAGCAUCAGUCCACUCAUAUUUAUUAGAUCGGUUUCAUUGCACAGUUCGGAGAGAAUCAUGUUUAGUAGCUGAACAGUUUUUCCCCCCUUUUUUUUUCAAACAAAUUUGUUGCAUCUCUACAUUUUCAAAUGUCACAUGUUUUUUUUUGUUGCUCUGAUUUGCUGCUGAAUUUAGAAAUACAUUCAGAAAUUAUCCUUAUUUUUUUACCUGGUGUAUUUUCUUCUCAUUUUGUUGUUUUUAUUGUGUUGUCACUGUAUGUCCCACUCAUAACAAUUUGUUUUCACAUAUUAGGUUCAGAAGGAAAUAUCCAUUCUGUAACAUUGAAAUGAAAUUUUCAACCUAAAGCGAUCACUAACAGUUGAAAUCAGUCAAAUUCUACCAUUAUGUAAACGACUUCUUAAUUAAUUCUGUCAAUGACACUGGACUUUUGUUGUGUUUGCGUUGCCUGGUCUGCAUCAUGUUGCAUAAAAAAACAUUAUUUACCUUUUA